AUGUCAAACGCAAAGCCUGUUUACGUGUCUUCUUCCGGCACACUUGGCACUCAACCGAUAAUCAGCAGAGUCUCCAACCAAGCUUCCAAUUAUGCCUCUCUUCUUUAUCUCUUUGUUGAGACGUUGAUUAGCCCCAUCAUCAAUCCCGCAUCGUGGACUGAUCCUUCCAUUCGAUCAUCCAAUAUCUCUGGCAAUACGAAUACAGGCCGUGGUGGACCGAGUGGACAUGGAGGAAACGGAGGAGGCGGUCCUGGCUCGGGCGGGGGUCCUAGUGGGGGAGGGGGCGGAGCAGGAGGUACUGGAGGAAGGGGAUUUAUGACUAUGGGAGAUUUACGUGGAGGCGGUACUGUCGAUAGCUGUCGCGCUACCUGUGGAUGA